AAAAACAGCAAUCGGAGGGAGCGGAGGCGAGAGGCUUUGGGUGGGAGGGGAGGGGAGAGGGGACUCCUUUGCUUAGGCUUAGCUAGGGGUUGGAGUGGACUCUCCUCGUCGGAGCCGGAGGGCAUCGGCUUCUUGUUGUUGUUGUUGGUGUAUCCAAAUCCAAUCCAUUGUGGUGGUCGUCGUCUCCAGCAGUGUCAGGAAGACUCAGAAAUGGAGGAGUUGUGAAUCCUGAACCCAUGCCUCCUCGCCUCCUCGGCCGACGAUGGCCGACCUCCCGCCGCCGCCACGCCUCAUGACCCGCCGCCAAAGCGACAGCGACUGGGACUGGGACGGAUCCAGCCGCGAGGGCUCCCCCGACCCCGCCUCCGCCUCCGCCGUCCGCCGCGCCGCCCGCCGCUGGCCCGACGACCCCGGCCCCGCCCAGAUCUCGCUCCACAUGUACAUGGCCUCCCGCGACCGCGACCGCGACGACGACCCGCCCCCCGACCACGCCCGCCUCCGGAUCCGCGGCCGCCAGGCUCGCCUCGAGCUCGUCAUGCGCAUGGCCGCCGACCGACACGCCGAGCUCCACCGCCUCUCCCACCACCGCGCCGUCUCCGACUUCCCCCACCGCAACCGAAUCCACGCACUACUCCGGGGGAGGUUUCUGCGCAAUGGUGACGACGACAGAAGGCCACCAUCCACCGCCGCCACCGAGCUCGGCCAGCUACGACAGCGUCAUUCUGUCUCUGGUUUGAGAGAAGAGUUCCGCUUCAGAUUGGAGAACGUCGUCAGGGGUCAUGCAGUUAGCCAAUCCGAUGAUUCUUCAGCUCAAAAUGUUGAGCUCUCUAUAAAUGGCCAUACUGAAUCAAGCCCUUCUUCUUCUGAAUAUAAUCUCGAGAGACAUCAACGGACAAGGCUGAAUAUUGGUCUUCAGCAAAUUGAAGGUACAGCGACAGUAUCUGAAUCUGGAAGCAAUACUCCUAGUAUUGCUGAAGGCCUGUAUGAACCUCAUAGUCAAGCAGAGAGUUGGCAGGAUGAUUUGGAACAAGAGAGAAGAGAUUGGGAACAAUUUUCCCAUGCUAUUACUGGAGAGGAAUCUGAAAUAAAUUGGCAUGAAAAUACGUACAAUGGUUCAUCUCAUGAGGGUACCGAAGUUGAAGGUGGUCAAGAUGCACAUAUUCCAGAAUCACAUGAUGAGUUAGCUAGUGACAAUCUUCCUCCUCAAUCUCAUGGAGAACAGCAGGACAAUAGCCAUCUUCCCGAGGAGAAUGAAGAGCUGCAUGACAGUGAUCUUCAACAAUCUCGUGGAGAGUGGAAUGAGGGCAGUAAUCCAUUUAUUCCUACAGAAGUACACAACGAGUGGCACAGCGAUGAUCAUUUCCAAGGAGUAAAUGAAGAGUGGCAUGAUGAUGAUGAGUCCAAUGAUACUGCAGAUAAUUGGCAUGAUGACAACUCUGAUCAACCAAUUGAUCAUGAUUCUGCUCUUAUUAGAAGAGCUAAUACGUUUGUCCCAGCUGAUGAUGAUAAUGUGUACAGUACAGAACUAAGGGAACUCCUAAGCAGAAGGAGUGUUUCUAAUCUUCUUCAUAGUGCUUUUCGUGAAAAUUUGGACCGACUUAUCCGGUCAUAUGUUGAAAGGCAAGGUCGUGCUCCUCUCUCUUGGGAUUUGGAAGGAGCACCUCCUGCGCCUGACUCACCCGAGCAAAGCCAGGAGCAGCAUAGAGAUGAAGAGGAACAGGAGCUUCAUGAUAAUGUUGUUAGGCCUCCCUUAGUGAUUCCACCUCCGCCUAUACCUCCUCGCCAGCCACUUUGGCAUUCGGAGUUGCAUCGUAAUAACUGGAUCAGACAAAACAUACAUCGCUCUGAUAUUGAAUGGGAGGCUAUUAAUGACUUAAGGGCUGAUAUGGCUAGGCUUCAGCAGGGCAUGAGUCAUAUGCAAAGAAUGUUGGAAGCUUGUAUGGACAUGCAGCUCGAGUUACAGCGAUCUGUAAGGCAGGAAGUUUCUGCAGCCUUGAAUCGCUUCAUCGGGGAGCAAGGUGAAAGUAAAGAAACUAUAGACGAUGGAUCAAAAUGGAUCCAUGUGAGAAAAGGGACGUGCUGUAUAUGCUGUGAUACUCCGAUUGACUCUCUUUUGUACAGAUGUGGGCACAUGUGCACAUGUUCAAAAUGCGCGAAUGAGUUGGUUCGAAGCGGAGGGAAAUGCCCGCUGUGCCGUGCACCCAUAAUUGAGGUGAUCCGAGCAUACUUCAUCAUGUCGAGACUGACUUGUAGGACCCACAUGACAGGAGAGGACACUACUCGAUCCCCGCCACCAUCUCCGCCGGCGGUCUUCUCCAUGCCAUCAUCUUCCUCCGAAAGCACACAGUCCAGUGACAGUGAGGUAAGCGCAUGGGAUCCCCAAGUGUUACGCGCGCAUGCCGAAUGUCUCGAGUCGGAGGAGUUGGCAGCCCUGUCAGUCAAUCGCACUCUUCUUCCUAUUCUCGAUAAUUUGCUUCUUCAGGUGUAUACUAUGCUGCGCCCAAAACCACUUGAUUACGAGCAACGGACUACCUUGGUUCAUGUCUUCAACAACAUAGCAAACCAAAUCUUCGGUAACAAUAAUGGGUUUCCAGUCGUGGAGGCAUUUGGAUCAUUUACAAUGGAUUUAUUUACCCCUAGAAGUGACCUGGACCUCUCUGUCAAUUUUACUGCUAAUACUGACGAUCAGUAUGCUCGCAAGAAAAAAAUUUCUGCUAUUAGGAAGUUCACCAAAGUUCUAUAUUCUCAUCAAAGGAAUGGAAUUUUCUGUGGGGUUCUGCCUGUUGUAACUGCUAGGGUGCCUAUUGUGAAUGUUAUUGAUCGGGGAACUGGGAUUGAGUGUGAUAUUACGGUUGAAAAUAAAGAUGGCAUGACAAGAUCAAUGAUCUUUAAGUUCAUUUCUUCACUUGAUCCAAGGUUUCAGAUACUAAGUUACCUGGUGAAGUUCUGGGCUAAGAUACAUGAUGUGAAUAGCCCGAGAGAGCGAACGCUGAGCUCCAUGUCAAUAGUUUCAUUAGUUGCUUUCCAUUUGCAGACCCGGGAUCCUCCAAUAUUACCCCCGUUAUCUGCCUUAUUAAAAGAUGGUUCAGAUUUUGAAAGUGUUGAGAGGAAUACGUUGGCAUUUAAGGGGUUUGGGAGAACAAAUAAAGAAACUGUAGCUGAACUGUUUGUAUCGUUGAUCAGUAAACUAUUAUCAGCGGAGAGCUUAUGGGAGCAUGGGCUAUGCGCUAGCAACUUUGAAGCAUCAUGGAUCUCUAAGACCUGGAAGAAAGGAAUUGGCAAUUUAAAUGUUGAAGAUUUCUUGGACCGGUCACAAAAUUUUGCUAGGUCAGUUGGGAAAAAGGAGAUGCAGAAGAUUUGCAGAUGUCUUCGAGAUUGUGCUUUGAACUUGUUAGAUUUCAUGAGGGGUAAACUAGAUACAUCAAAGCUAAAGACCCUUCUGUUUGGAUGCCUUAAACCAGAUGAGCUAGUCAGUAAACCUCGUUUGAAGCGUGGCAAGAGAAAACGCAAGCCACAAACGAGCCCAGAUAGCAGAUAUGGGCUCGGAAAGGGAAAGCAUGCUGUGCACCUAGUAGGAUCAGACCAGCAUGCUAAUUCUACAACUGCUGAAGCUCCUCAGGUUGUACAUCGACAUCCCACCCAGGCUAAGGCUAGUACUCAGUGUGCGCACAAGCCAACGCCACCUUUUGUUAUUAUCCCUUCUGGUUUUGGCUACAGUUUAUCGCUUCAGUUGCCAGUGGCUCCUCAGCUUAGUCGAGGAUUGCUGGGCCGACCCCCACCAGUUAAUUUAGUUCACUUGAAUAAUGGAGCUCAGCUACCACAGCAAGGUCUGCUUCUUUCCCUGCCGUCCCAACAAGCAGCUGGCAGUAACAGUGGAGUUACUUAUGCUGGAGCUCAGCAGCUUCAGCGCAACGAAAACUAGGAUGAUUAGAUCUUGCUACUAUUUUGCCAAGUUAUAUGGGUAAGAAAGAGUAUGUACCCUUUGCAUUGGCAAACGGAAACUUAGCUGUUCAUGUUGGUGUGCUGCAGAAGGGAUUACAUCAGAUCUUUUUGCUACUGAUUGAAGUUGCAAAACUUUCUUUUGGAAGGCAAAGGCAUGUGCUUCGGUUGUAAAAGUACGUACUGUAUCACAUAGUAGGUGGUUUCUGGGUGCUGAACCAGAAGAACUACAUUUGUAUAUAUGGGCUCCUGGGUUGUGUCAGCUCAGCCUUCCUUCAAACCAUAUGACACCCAACCCAAAUGCAGCCUGCACUGCAGGUAGGUAAAAUGUCUACCUGUAGUUUGUUCUGUAUUUCUUUUUUGUACUAUAUCACUGUUAGGACAAAUGUUUGGAUAAGGUGACUGUUGAUUUUGCUGUGUUUUCGAGUACGGGGAGAUGAUUUUGAUGCCCCAACAAGCAAGGUCUUCGAGAUUGCAGGACAGGGCAGGACAAUGCUUGGAUCGAUGACGAAGGUGCAUGCAUGAAUGCAUGAUUGGUGAAAUUAAGUAAGCAAAUCUUUGGGACACUUGACAUAGCCAAAACGGGCUGCUUUCCAUAUCUAUCAAACAUGCAUCACUUUGGUUGAAAUGGGUCCGACCGACAGCAUAAACACAACUUGCUCAACUUGU